CAGAAAACGAACCGAAGGAGUUGACAGUCGCCGCUGGAAAGUAGACCGGAGUGGACGUACGGGAGGACACGUAGAGCCGCCAGGGGAAUUGAGAGGCCGAAAAGAGGCGACGACGAUGGCGAUCAAGGGCCGGAAAGCGAACAAGAACCCUCCCAUUCUGAGCCACGAAUUCGUUAUUCAGAAUCAUGCGGAUAUUGUGUCAUGCGUGGCCAUGGUGUUUGUGUUGGGCUUGAUGUUCCAGGCAACCGCACCCUUGGCCUCUGUCUUCAUUGCAGUGCAACACAAUGCAACUGACAUGGAGACGACCGAAACCCCAAUGACCUACACCUAUGGCAACAAGGACUUGGCUGCGGUGUUCUUCUACUCCCUGAUAUCCAUUGUGAUGCAUGCCAUUAUUCAGGAAUAUGUGCUUGAUAAAGUGAACCGCAGAUUACACCUCAGCAAAACUAAGCACAGCAAAUUCAACGAAUCUGGACAGCUGCUCAUCUUCACAGCUGUUUCAGCUGCCUGGGGAAUCAACAUUCUUGUUAAGGACAACUUGGUGUCAGAUAUCACAUCUCUGUGGGCAGAUUACCCACUUGGUCAUGCCCAAAUGUCAUUCAUGCUCAAGUUCUUCUUCAUCAUCCAGAUGUCUUAUUGGCUUCAUUGUUAUCCUGAACUCUACUUCCAGAAGACCAAACGUGAAGACAUGCCAGAGAGAAUUCAGCAUGCUACAUUAUACUUGGUAUUUUGUGCUGCUGCAUAUGUACUGAACUUCACACAUGUAGGCCUUGUUCUCCUGACCCUGAGAUUCAUUGAAGAAGCGGUCCUCCAUGCCUGCCGCCUGCUUUACUUUGCCGAGAAGACUAACAUUGCCAAUACAGGCUUCCGUGUCUGGAAUGUGCUGUUUGUGGUGUGCCGUCUUGCAAGCAUCAUUGUAGCCAUCCUGACCUUCCACUAUGGAUUAGCCAUCAAUGAGGACCAGACUCUGGACGUCAGCAGUGGAAAUUUCAAUACUUCCCCUAUUAGACUUAAUGCUCUGGUAGCAGUGUGCCUUAUCCAGGCCUGGAUGAUGUGGAACUUCAUCCACUUCCACCUGCGUCAGAUGCGCGAGCGCCAGGCACUUGCUCAGGUGACCCGCAAGAGAGUCACUGAGAGGAAGUCAAAGAGGAACAAGAAGGAUGACUGACAUGAUGUUUCAGCAAAACGCUAUUCUGAGGAGGAAGUCAAUGAGUUGCCGGAAGUGGACCAGCAGACCCGCAAGAGGAAGUGAAGAGGAGGAGGAUGAUGAUGAUGAAGAAAGAGCAAUAGAUCUGCGAGUGUCGGAAAACAUGGAAAUAUUAUUCAGAUCGAAGCCUGAUUUAUGAGGUUUCAGAUACUUGCUUGUACACAAACUGUUCACAAAUUUUUUCCACCUUCAGUUCAAGUUUCAUGCUUCAGAAUAAUUUUGUACAUCUUGUAUUUAAACUAAGCUCUCUUACUCCAAAUCUUCUAUAUUUAAGUAUUUGCAUCCUAUAUAUAUUAUGUGCUCCCAUAAUUAAUUGAAUUAAAAUCUUAAAUAUAUUUAUUUAAGCAGAGGUAAUAGUGCAGGGAGCAAAAUGCUGUGCUUAUGACAACCCCAUUGCAAUUAGUCAUUUAGGGUGAAAAGCAGUUUGGACAAAUGUUAUAUGGAGGAUUUAUUUUAAGGGUUACAGAAUUGAAGGAGAUUUGUAAUUAUUAUAAGUCUUCAUAUUUAUAUCUUUUAUAGAUGUAUUUAAUACAUUUCCUUUCAAAGUAGUCCCCUAAAACUUAGAUGGCGGCAAUAAGAGGUUGUGAAAAUGCUAGAGAAUUCUCAUUAAAAUUCUUUCCUGUGUAGAACCUACGCAAUUGGAGUUUCUGUGAAACUUCACUAGUAGCUGGUGAACAUUGUACAACAGUCAAUCGAAUCUCGCCUGAGGCCACUUACGAGAAACAUCGCACAAUGACAUGUGCCUGCCAGUCUAAGUAUCUUAGUCAACCAUUCCAUUUUUAGCCUAGAAAUGCUGUUCUACAUAGCCAACAGAAUUUUCUGCAGCUUAGAAAAGAUGAGUAAAUAUGCACACCACCACCACCUACUAACUUCUGUACAGGAUUAUUUAACUAAUGGAAGAUUACAUCAUAACCCAGGAAAAUUAAAUAGGCAUCAGUAUAAUGUUGACUAAACAAGAUUGAGUUUUGAAGCAUUUAGUAACUAGAUGCCAAGAUUUAGUAUGCACCUCAUCCCUUCCUUUUCAUAACAUGGUGUAUAGUAUAAUUUUGUGCUAAAUUAUUUUUCCAUCCCAAUAUCUUGGCUUGCAUCCUAUGUCAUUGCACAAAAUGUAGAUGCAUUUUUUUUUUUUUUUUUUCCGUUCCUUUCUAUAGUCAUGGCUUUUCAAAGAUUUAUGGAAAUGAUUAUAGUGUUCUGACAUGUUUGUGUUUGUUAAACUAUUGUGCACAUUGUUUAAAUUUAAAAUACAGGGGCUUUGGGAAGGUUUAUUUUUAUAAAUAUAUAUGAAUGCUUAUUUUAUGAAAAUCUGAGUGGAGUUCCAGGCUUUAAGUAUGAAACUGUUUGUUUUUUUCUUUUUUUCCCCAAACUCAAAAUUACCAGUACUGUUUUCCCUUGGAAAGAUUGACAAAGGCAUAUGAUAUAUUUGACCUAGUUUUAUAAAUGUUAAAAACUAAGGAAAUUUUUUAUAAGAAUGUGCCACAAUGCUGGAGACAUUGUGGUAGCUCGAGAUAACUUUGGCAAUUGCUUGAGGAGGUUAUAAUUCUUGAGAUAUUCAGGAAAAGUUCCUUGCUUGAAAUACAUAUAUGGUGUUAGAAUCUUUUACAAUUGAUGUCAUGCAGAUAAUGUUGGUAUGCAUGUGCAAGGUCUAAAUGUCUGAGAUUUCAGUGGUAAAGAGUAUUUUGGAAAAGUUGUUGUCCAUUAAAUAGUUGAUUAAA